GCGCACACACGCUGCAGCGCCACGCACCCCUCGCUCUCUGUCUCUCUCUCUCUCACACACACACACACACGCACACACACACACACACAAACAUCAUUUCCAGUGGAGACUGGCACAGAGACGCAGCGCCACGACCACUCCGAUAUGUCUGUUUGGUGCGGACCGCUGAAAGUUCUGCGCAGAGAGGCGGAUAGAUUCAUCUAGCUCGUCCCAGAUAGCGGAUUAAAUUCACGCUUUGGUUUCUUUCUUUCCUUUUUUUUCCUCCUCUUUUCUCCUCCUCCUCCUCCCUCUCCUCCUCCUCUGGUUUCGUGUUACAAAGCCUUGGGAGGGAGUUGCGCGGAGAGCCAGUUUCUCUGUGCAGAAACUGCAUGAUAGGAUCAUAUGGCUUGAUUUGCCUUAUAGUCCAAACAUUAAAGAGAGAAAAUAGAGGACAUAAGAGAAGAGAGAAACCGUGGUCCAUUACAUCUGUAACUGAUGAGGAUGUGGAAUAAUUUAUAACUCCGAUUCAAAAACAAAUCCGAGAUAACGGAGAGAGAGAGAGAGAGGAGGGAGAAGGAGAAACGGAUACUGGAUCUGUCGUCAGAGAAAGACGGAGAGGAAAGCGCAGGACGCGUUGACUGGAAUCAUCAGCAGCGGGAGCACCGUGAUAAUAAGCCCGAUGUGACCUUCAUCCGAGCUGAGUGUCUCUAUUCAACAUUCACGAAGAAGACGGGCAGAGAGACUGCAAAGGACAUUAAGAAGAAAGCACAGAGACGCACGAGGGAGGAGGAGAAAAUCAAGCUGCCAAGAGCCGGGCUGCUCUUUCGAGUCCCUCUGAUCGACUGAUUGAUCCCUCGAUUCAUCACUCAACGCCAGUUCCAACGAAUGGGAGCUGACAUGGGAGCCAUGGGUGGGACCAAGGUCUUGCUCCUGGUGUUUUUGGUUGGAUGGGAGAAGUCGCUGGGUCUCAACUGGAACCCAGUCCCACGCAAGACUGUUCGAUACCAGGGUGUGUUGGACAGCAUGGCGAGGUUCAGCGUUCAGGGAGUGUUCAACUACAGCAUGCUGACUCUGUCCGACCACGAGAGGGUUUUGUACGUUGGAGCACGGGAGGUGUUGUUCGCCCUGGACCCCAAUGACAUCAGCAAACAGCUACGGCCACAGAUUGACUGGCCGGCUCCGCAGGAUAAGAAGAGAGAGUGUGUUGCCAAGGGGAAGAACAACCAGACCGAGUGCUUCAACUACAUCCGUUUCCUGCAGAGCUAUAACCAUACACACCUCUACACCUGCGGCACCUACGCCUUCCAGCCCAAAUGCACCUACGUGAAUGCAGACCAUUUUACCCUCAACACUGCAGCCCUGGAAGACGGGAAGGGUAAAUGCCCAUAUGACCCUGCCAAGGGGCAUACUGGCCUGAUAGUGGAUAAUGAGCUGUACUCAGCAACGCUCAACAACUUCCUGGGUACAGAGCCAGUCAUUCUGAGGAACCUAGGCCAACAGCACUACAGUAUGAAGAGCGAAUACUUGCCUGCCUGGUUAAAUGAGCCAGACUUUGUGGGCUCAGCCCUGGUGAGGGAGAGCCUCGGCAGUAAAGAGGGGGGGGACGACGACAAGAUCUACUUCUUCUUCAGCGAGCGAGCGUUGGAGCUGGAUUGUGACACUGAGCUCACUGUGGCCAGGGUGGCCCGCGUCUGCAAGGGGGAUCUGGGUGGUACAAGGACCCUGCAGAAGAAGUGGACCACCUUCCAGAAAGCUCGGCUGGAGUGCUCCCUCCCCGAGCGUCACAUCUCCUUCAAUAACCUGAGGGCAGUCUUCACACUGCAGGGCCCGGACUGGCGGGGAACCACCUUCUUUGGCAUCUUCCACGCCCAGUGGGGUGACGUGGACGUGUCAGCAGUGUGCCAGUACCAGAUCAGUGAUGUGAAGAAGGUGUUUGAAGGAGCCUACAAAGAGUACAGGGAGGCAUCCCAAAGAUGGGGACGCUACACCGGUGUUUUGCCAAUCCCACGGCCUGGAUCGUGUAUAACCAACUCAGACAGGGAGAACGGCUACGACAGUUCUCUGCAGCUGCCUGACGCCACGCUCAACUUUGCCAAGAAGCACCCGCUGAUGGAUGACAAAGCUCUAGCCCGCCCCCUGCUGCUCACCAAGGGCGUCAACUUCACGAGGCUGGCAGUGGAUCGGGUUAGCGCCCUUGACCAGCGAGUGUACAACAUGCUCUUCAUUGGCACAGCGGAGGGCUGGUUGCAAAGGGUGGUGAUCCUGGGCUCCGAGGCCCACGUGAUAGAGGAGAUCCAGCUGUUUGAGACAGCCCAACCAGUGGACAGCCUGACCAUUUCACACACCAAGAAGUAUGUGUACAUCGGCUCUCGUUCUGAGGUUCUCCAGCUGCCCUUGGCCAACUGCAGCCGCUAUCAGUCUCAGCCAGACUGUCUGCUCGCGAGGGACCCCUACUGCGCUUGGGACAGUGAGGGUCGGGCCUGUGUCCGCACUGACCUCCACCGCGGAUCCACCUCCUCCCUGUCACAGGACCUCAUGCUGGAAAGGUUCAGCCGAGGAAAAGCCAAGUUCGAUAAACCCGUCUCCAUUCCCAGCCCUGAGCACUCCCGUCUAAGGAACAUAACGGUAGUGGUGGGGUCUGACAUGGUGCUGCCUUGCCAGCUUGUCUCUAACCUGGCUCAACCCUGCUGGGUUCUCAACGACCGUGAGCUCCAGCUGGGUGACCCCGAGGCGGGAGGGCCACGCUUUGAUCGGACCCUCAAGGCCCUCGUCGUUCCUGAAGCGGGCCAGAUGCAAGCAGGACGCUAUAUCUGCUACUCUGAAGAGCAGGGGGUCAAGUUUCAGACGGAGCGCUACCAGGUGGCUGUAGUAGCUAGUGCUCCAGUCUUCAUGGAGGCCCGGGCUCCAGACAGCAGCAUGGGGCUCUUCUGGGUGUUGGUCAUCACCCUCGGAGCGGCGUGCCUGCUGCUCCUUGUAGCAGCUCUUUACCUCCGUAGGAGGCUGAAGCUUGCACUGGGUAAGGGAGCCGACAUGAAGCCUCUUGAGAGCACCCUGGUCUACCCCAUCACGCUGCCCAAAGAGCCACCCACCUUUGUGCCCAGCAAGAUGCCCACCGACGAGGACCGUUUCUGGGAGACAGGUGCCAACUACUACUACUCAGAUGGCUCGCUGAAAAUCGUUCCCGGUCACGCCCUUGGACCCACCACUGUUAGCAGCACGGCGUCACCCAGCACCAUUCCCGGCCAGCCCAUCCACUCCCCCAGCCGUCUCAGCCUCACCAACAUCCGAGGCUCUGGUAGCAACGGCUACAUCCGCCUCAACCUGAGCACUGCAGGGGAGGAUAGGGCUAGCGGGGCUGGCGCUGGGGGCGGCGGGCUUGGAGGCCUGGGCAUGAGCGGGAACGACUACUCCAGCCCCUUCAAGGAAGAGCUGAGACGCACUCUACAGCAGAGAAGCGUGCUUCCCGACGCCAACCCGGAGGAGUCGUCCGUCUAGGCCUGUCCUCCUCCGUCUCCAUUCCCUGAGUUGGAAAAUCAAAACAACCAACCUACCUCCCUCCUUUUGAGGAUGCCUGCUCUCUCUCUCUUUCAGUGACACGCUGUCAAUACCCCAUGCUCUCUCUGUCUCUCUCGCUCAGCCAAUGCCUGUUUGGCUCACUGUAGACAUUUAUAGCACACAGCAUGUUAAAUAUACACACUCAUACACCAUGUUCGCCAACAUGCACUACUAUUAUUAUUGUGUCCUGGGUAACAUGCAGUCAUGAUUGUGGCUUUCUCUUCUUCCACUGUGCAAUCGCCACCUGUGUAAAUUGUGUAUUUAAAAAGGCUGAACGCAGAGGAGAACACCUCAAGCAUGGAAACUAAACAAAUGGCGUUACAUGUCUUCUGAAGGGCACAUUUCUUUUACGUUGAGUGGACCAAGUGAGGCGUUUAGCCCCCUGUGCUAAAAUCAGUUGACGGACGAAAAAUGCAACUGACUGGAAAUAUGUAUUGAUUCUCUGUCCUUCUGUUCCCCUGAGACUUUUUCAGCUUACUGCACUAAAAAACUGGAAGCGUGUCUUCCCUUUUUGUAUUUGUGAGCCAAGAGCGUGAGAGCGGUAUAAAAAGACUAAUUAAUCUCGAAGCAAGACGACAAUCAUGUCCCCGUAGCAGGAGCUCUUCGCGGGACCGAGAGGAGACGAGAGAGAGAGCGAGAGACAAAGAGAGAGGAAAUGAAAUGGAAAAUGAAGUGAAUUGGAGUGAAAGACACAAGAGGGUUUUUGAAUGAAGGACAAUCUCUCAAGACUUUCUCUGCUCAAUUUAUAUUUUUUCCCCAAUGUUGUAUUUACCCCAGAGAAAUUCCUUGAUCCUUCCAUUUAAUUUGUUGUGAUAGUUGGUUUGAAUUAAGACAUUUCUUGUUGUUCUUUUUCUAUGUCUUACGGACUACAGCAGUGUUCAAAUAGUUAUCAACCGGCUAAUGGCUCUCCUCUGUGAAUGACAAUGCGAGGGCAAGCGCUCACAUUCCUUGCUCAGCCCCUGCACGGUGACCUUCAAGCGCACCUUCAAGUCCAAUAUAGGCUACUACAAGUGCACUCCAAACGACAUUUAUUAGAGUCACAUUGUGUAAGAGACAAGUGUUUGUUCGAGCCCUUUUGGACGUUUGUUCGUCUCUUUAGAAAGAAAAAGGCUAUUUGCAUUCAGCUCUUCGCAGCGGAACAAUAACCGCACACUUAAUUCCAAAUUGAAGCUGACAUGAAGACAUUAGGCAUGGAGAAUGUAGUUGAACCCUCACUGUUGCGACCGCUGUGGAUGUCUCAAUAAGUGCUUUAUAUCUUACGUGUUUGGUGAGGGUGGUAACUUGCACUGCCAAGAAGGAAACUACACCUCCCACACACACACUUACACACUUACACAAUUAAGGUCCUAUGAAUGAAAACCAUCCUGGACUAUAGUGUGUUUCUGACACACCCUUAAACUCCAUGAAAUCCCCCCCUCUUACCGAUGCCCAGAGACUGAACUGGGGCUACUGUGGACAGAGGAAGAGCACUGUAAAACACACCAACACAAAAAGAAGACACACACAAUGUUGACUGAGGAAUGGACAGACAGGAAUAAUUGCUGCUGUGCUGACAAACUGCUGGCUCCAGGCAGGAAGCAGUCGUGAACCAAUGAAAGGGGUGGCUUUUAUUUUUGGGACGUGUCUGUCGGGACCAGAGGAGCACAGCAAGAAGGAAGGGGAGGACAAAAAUACCCUGUUUUGCCCCCACUGUGUACAGAGCGCUGAGAGAGAUGUAGAAUAUCAAAAUGAUCCCAAGGUUGAAGAGGUACUCAGCCAACGAGCUCCAUCCUACUGUUGCAUGAUCCUCUGCAAGUGGACUAUACUUCUUUGAUAUGAUCAUCCUUGUACAAGUGCAUCAUUUUGAUCGACCAUUUUUGGACUUUUACAGACACAAAUAUUGUGGAACACUAAUGCCCUCUUUGAAAAAAACAAAAACAAAAUAUGUCUGAUUUUAUGGUUCAAGGGUUGUACAGGAAUUCAUGGCUGCGUUUCAACAUGUUUACUUUUUCUGUGCCUCUUCACCUUUUGGAUAAGCCAAAGUAGACUGCAGUUGCUUUUGUUCUUGUUGAAAUGCUUAAAUUAAUUUUAUUUGAUUCCAGAUCGAUAUAUUUAAGUCUGAGCAGUCCGUCCACUUUGCUACACUGAGCUGAUGUCUGCAACCUUUCUGCAUAUAUUAUCUGCAGAUAGAUUUUCCCACAAGAUGGACUUCCUGUUUACUUCCUGUUUUUAUAUGUCAGUAGUGGUCUGCUGAACCCAAUUCUUUAUCCCCCUCAAUUCAUGAAAGGCUGAAUAAUGUCACAAAACUUUAACCUAUAUUUAAUUUAAAAGCCCCCAAAAACCAAAUAUAUAUCUGUUGAUUCAAAGCAGAUCAGUGAUGAGAAUGUGUCCACUUUAUAUUAAAUCCCCUGAAGCAGAAAACAUAUAAGCUCUUUACACUGGUACUUGGUUUUGUCUUAAUAUAUUUCCCUGUUAAAGUUGGGCUUUUCUUUUCAGAUGUUGCAAAAACAAACAAAAAAAAGAAAAAAAAAGAUAAAGGCAUACAGGUUUCAAGCUUGAAAAAAAAUGCAUGUGUAAUGUACUUUAUGUGCAUUUCUUCAGUUCUUACACAUUUGUUUGCUCAUAGUAUUUCCUCUCAGACAAGGCUUUAAGUUCUGCUGUUUGUUUUGUUUUUUUAUUAUUUGUAUUAUUCUAUUAUCAUCCAGUUUUAUUUUGCCCCAUUUUUGCUUGUCUGUUAUUGAUAUUUUAUGUUUGUUAAAAUAUGUUAAGUAACUUAUUUCACUUGUACAAACAUGUUGAUAUUUAUUAUCAUUGUACAUAUGUCCUUAUUUUUUAUAUGUGUAUAUAUACACAAAUAAAAAUAGAGAUAUAUUUGA